CUCUCGGGGAUCGGACGCAGGCCCUUCGGAUGACAACCUCAUGCCGACCAUAUAACCUACUCUGAGAACACACCAGCAUUUGCUCACUGGAGAUCAGUUCUUCAACUGCAUUGAUUGUAGAAGGGAUUCAAACAUCUGACUGUCUGAAUUGCCAGAUGAUUGAUCGCAGUGAGAUAUCAUUCUCCUUCUCUCAGUGUGGGAGGGGAUUCACUCACAGCCUACCCACAGACACGCCAGUGAGUUCACAGUGGGGAGAGGCCAUUCACCUGCUCUGUGUGUGGGAGGGGAUUCACUCACAGCCUACCCACAGACACACCAGUGAGUUCACAGUGGGGAGAGGCCAUUCACCUGCUCUGUGUGAGGGAGGGGAACUACCCAGUCAUGCAGCCUGAAGAUACAUCAGGAAGUUCACACCACAGUGAGAUGCUCCACCUGUUCUGACAGCAGGAAGCAAUUCAUUCUGUCGUCGGUGCUAAAUAUACAUCUGAAAAUUCCCCAGUGAGAAGACAGUAACCUGUUUACAUGGUGGGAAGGUAUUCACACACUCAACCAUGCCACAGUGACACCAGCAAGUUCAUAACGGGGAGAGGCCAAUCACCUGCUCUGUGUGCGAAAGGAUUCACUGAAUCAUCUCAACUGAAUGAACACCAGUGAGUUCACACUGAAAAGAUGUCGUUCACCUGCUUAGACUGUGGGAAGGGAUUCACUCGUUCAUCCACACUACAGAGACACCAGCGAGUUCACACCGGGGAGAGGCCAUUCACUUGCUCUGAAUGUGGGAAGGGAUUCAGUGACUCAUCCAAACUUGUGAGGCACUACCGAGUUCACACUGGGGAGAGGCCGUUCAUUUGCUCUGAAUGUGGGAAAGGAUUUGCUCGGUCAUCUCAACUGACUGAACAUCAGCGAGUUCACACUGGUGAGAAACCGUUCAGCUGCUUUCAAUGUGGCAAGGGGUUCACCCAGUCAUCUCAUCUGAAAGUACAUCAGCGAAUUCACACUGGGGAGAAACCGUUCAGCUGCUCCGAAUGUAGGAAGGGAUUCACUGAUUCAUUCUCCCUUGUGAAGCACUGCCGAAUUCACACUGGGGAGAAACCGUUCAGCUGCUCUGAAAGUAGGAAGGGAUUCACUGACUCAUCCCACCUUGUGAAGCACUGCCGAAUUCACACUGGGGAGAAGCCAUUCACAUGCUCUGAAUGUGGGAAGGGAUUCACUCAGUCGUCUCAUCUGAAUGUACAUCAGCGAAAUCACACUGGGGAGAAACCGUUCAGCUGCUCUGAAUGUAGGAAGGGAUUCGCUGAUUCAUACUCCCUUGUGAAGCACUGCUGAAUUCACACUGGGGAGAAGCCAUUCACAUGCUCUGAAUGUGGGAAGGGAUUCAUUGACUCAUCCCACCUUGUGAAGCACUGCCGAAUUCACACUGGGGAGAAGCCGUUCACCUGCUUAGAUUGUGGAAAGGGAUUCGCUCGGUCAUCAGGCUUGAAAGUCCAUCAGCGAGUUCACACUGGGCGAUGCCAGUCACCUGUUCUGAUUGUGGGAAUGAAUUCGCUCAGAUAUCUCAACUGACUGAACAUCAACUGCUCAGACUGUGGGAAGGCAUUCACACACUGAUCCACACUGCAGAGACAGUGGUGGGUUCACACUGUGGGGAGGGUGGUCACCUGCUCAGACUGUGGGAAGGCAUUCACACACUGAUCCACACUGCAGAGACAGUGGUGGGUUCACAC